AUGACAGUGACGCGCCUGAAGGACUACGGUCAAGAAGACGCCAUUGCCUUCUGGGAUGAGCUCUCGCCUGAGGAGCGCGAUCUCCUCGUCAAGGACAUUCAGAGCAUUGAUCUUCCAAGAAUAGACCGGAUAAUUCGUUGCUCGCUUGGAUCUCAAGGUCUUCAGUUGCCUGCAAUUGAACCAGUUCCAGAGGCAAGUGUCUCAAUUGUGGAAGAGAGAACUCCUGCAGAUAGAGAGAGGUGGUGGAAGAGAGGGCUUAAGGCUAUCUCUGAAGGCAAGUUAGCCGUUGUACUUCUGUCUGGUGGACAGAAUUGA